AUGUUUCGGAUAAUAAGAUGCAAAUUGGGAUCAAUUCGUCACUUUCACGGCGAGUCAGAGACGUGUCCACCCAUUCGUGUCUACGUUAAGGACCGUUACCGGCAUUUUGUGGACUCAUUGAGACUGACAGUGAGUGGUGGUAACGGUGGCCACGGAUUGCCAAAGUUUGGUGGUAUGGGUGGCAGCGGUGGCAAUGUGUACGUCGAGGCCGCAGAUAACGUGACACUCAAGAAGUUGACCAAAAAGAAAGCGAUGGCCUCUUCGGGCGAGAAUAGCGCUCACUAUCGAGUGAUCGGUGAGAACGGAUCCGAUUGUAUAGUGAGAGUACCGGUCGGUGUGACGGUCUUCGACGACAACGGCCGCCCUUUGGGACAGUUGGACAAAGUGGGCGACAAAGUGUUGGUCGCUUUGGGCGGAACCGGCGGUAAUCAACACAAUAACUAUUUGGGACUUAAGGGUCAGAAGCAGUCGAUUGUAUUGGACCUGAAGCUGAUAGCGGACGCGGGUUUGGUUGGGUUCCCGAAUGCGGGCAAAUCGUCGCUCUUGAAGGCCAUCUCCCGGGCGUCGCCCAAAAUAGCUAACUAUCCGUUCACUACAAUCAACCCGAAUAUCGGUGUUAUGGAGUUCGAGGACUACCGGCAGAUGAGUGUCGCCGACUUACCCGGCCUUAUAGAAGGCGCUCAUAAUAACAUAGGUUUGGGCCAUAAGUUUCUCAAACAUAUCGUACGGACACAUCUGUUAGUGUUUGUGAUCGAUAUAAAUGGUUUCAAAUACAGACCCGAAUGGCCUCAACGCUCACCGUUAGAGACGUUUUUGUUAUUGAACCGCGAGUUAGAGCUAUACGACGACCGCAUUCUAUCCAAACCCGCAAUUCUAGUCGUUUCCAAAUUGGAUAACAAGGAAUAUGAGCACAAAUUCUACCAUUUCUGUGAACAACUCAAAGCUCUUCAGACAAAUGGUUUGGAGAGCAUUACAAACGAGUGCUUAAAAUCAAAUAAAUUAAUAAAAUUCGACAAAAUAAUAGGCGUUUGCGCUAAAAAUGGCUAUAAUAUCGAUGAAUUGAGAGAUUGUAUGCGAAAUGCAAUUGAUUUGAAUUGUGAAGUUGACAAAUUGAAAAGCAAUCAAUUAAUUUCAUUUCAAUCCAUUGAAGCAAAUAAAAAGAGACGAAACGAAGAACAGGAUAUUCUUCUCAUUUAA